GCCCGUGUCUUCAUCCUAGGAGGCUUCGGGCACGGCCUCCCGGAUUUGGUCUUAUCCAGUCUCAGUGGUAUUAGAUACGUGUUAAUUUCCUUCUACUCUAUUAAAAUAUGGGGGUAAAACAGCCCCCAAAGAUCAGACUUGACUAAUCUUUCAUUUUCUUUCUCCCUUUACAACAAUGCCAACUUCUGGUCAGAAGUUGUGUGUGUGCCCUGUGCUGUGAGAGUUAGAGGUUCUGCAUUGUAAAAUGUAAGUGGAGAGAGGUAAUCUGAUGGAAAAAAGAGGGGUGUUGACGUCUGAAGCUAUGUGGAGGUGAUGGAUGAAGGGCCGGAAGGAAAGGAGAACCCCACCAGACCAUUCUUCCCUUGGAGCCUUCCUGUCCAUUCCAAGAACCGGGUGGUCAGGAGCUAUUCUUUUUUCCUCAUACUUAUUCUGCCCCCCCCCCCUAACUUUAGCUUCCUCCCUGUGACUAUUCCCCUUGCUGCUUGCAUGCAUACACAAUGCACUGUGUACUCACAUCCCCGUGGCUGCCCUAGCUCCCUCCAUUGAGCCCAGGCUCCAGGCAUGGGCUGUAAUAGCUUCUUUGCUCCCUCAAAAGCAGACUUCUUCUGGCCUUGGCCAGUCCGUUCUUCUCUAGCUCCUCUAGAUUCCAUCCUGUUUUUCAGACAGACUGUCUCAAGUUUGUGACUGCAACUGUGCUUUGCUUUGUGCUUCUUAUUCCUUUUCUACAAGUUUCUCCAGCUUUUUCUGCUUUAAGAAGGGGUUGGAGUAGGAGAAUAUGGUUUAGUUUCUAGCAAGAGCUGAGAUUCUUCUUGGAGUUUCCCAUCUUCCCUUUUGCCACCCUAACUAAGCCUGGGUCAACUUCACUUCUUCCGCCUAGCUGGCAUUUCUCAUCAUUUCCACUCCCAGAUCUGGGCCCUAGAUGUACGGUUUGGUGGAAGGGAUGCCCAGACAGUGAGGCAGGGCCAGCGGCUAGCCAAAGUCACUUGCUCAGCCUUUACAUCUUUUCUCUUAAGAGAUCCCCUGAUCUGUACUUGGGUGUCACACAGGUUUGCCAGGCGUCUUGGAGCUGCCCCCUCGAUGAGGGUGUCCUCUGACCAGCUUUCCACAUCGUUUCCCUCUUUUAUCUAAUUACUCUUAACCUGCACUUCAGUUGACACCUUUAACCCAACGCGAAGGCUAUUUUUUUGGGGGUGGCUUAAAGGGGAGGCACUAGAUUGAGCUGUAGUGGUAUGAGGAGUUCAAACGCCCUUCUUUAACCUUAUUUCACUGCUGUGCCAAACAUCUCAAAAGCCCCCAGCCCUCUUCUCUGCACACUGGGAACAGAUUCUCAAGAUCUUUACAGUGUUCGCUUUCCCGGGCCCCUGUUGGAAAACAUUUAGCUCAUUCUUCGGGAAACUCAACUUCUGACCAGAACUUUUGUUUUACCCCUAGUGUGACAGUCUCCCGAGAUGUCUCAUUUCAUACUGUCUUUUCCGAUCAGAUCUCUUGGUAAACAGAUGGGGGACGUUUCACCCUUGAGUGUAUGUAUUUUGUUAGCGAGUUCGCUAUGGGUUCCUCGAGUCUCAAACUUGUGGGGCCCUUUCUGGGUUGGGACAAGAUUGGAGUGGGAAGAAGGCCAAGGUGUUUCCGGGCAAGCGCACGGGGUUAAGUGGAGGCUCUACUCCAGGCGCUCUCCGGUCCGAUCCCCAUGGAGCCACCCCUCCCCACCCCCCUACCCCUACCAAGGACUGGGGAGACCCGAGUGGUGGGAAGCGAUGGCUCCAUUCCCAGUUGGCCCUUGUUCUGGGAACUUGGUAGAGUCGCCCCGGGGACGCAGGACUGGGAGUGGGUUCGGUUUGUGUGGCUUCGGCUCUAACAAAGAGAUUCGCUGUAAUCCGCGGAAUCUGUUAUCAAUUUCUCCGCUGCCCGCGCCCCGCCCCGGGCGCCCCGCCCGCAGCAAACUUGGAAAGUGCGCGCGAACUGCAGCGAUUGGGGAGCGCACACCGAAGACCGUCCGAACGUGUGUAUCUGUGCACGCCUAUGUGUGUAAAUGUGCACGAGGAAGUCGAUUGGAAUAUUAAGCCCAGCAAUGGCUUUGGGGACGGCUGGAGGUACAAUGUCUUCCAAGUUCCUCCUUACGGCGUUGGCCUUAUUUUUCUCCUUCGCCCAGGUUGUAAUUGAAGCCAAUUCUUGGUGGUCGCUAGGUAUGAAUAACCCUGUUCAGAUGUCAGAAGUAUAUAUCAUAGGAGCGCAGCCCCUCUGCAGCCAACUGGCAGGACUUUCUCAAGGACAGAAGAAACUGUGCCACUUGUAUCAGGACCACAUGCAGUACAUAGGAGAAGGCGCGAAGACAGGCAUCAAGGAGUGCCAGUAUCAGUUCCGACACCGAAGGUGGAACUGCAGCACAGUGGACAACACCUCUGUGUUCGGCAGAGUUAUGCAGAUAGGCAGCCGAGAGACAGCCUUCACAUAUGCUGUGAGCGCCGCAGGGGUGGUGAACGCCAUGAGCCGAGCUUGCCGCGAGGGCGAGCUGUCCACCUGCGGCUGCAGCCGCGCUGCGCGCCCCAAGGACUUGCCGCGGGACUGGCUAUGGGGCGGCUGCGGGGACAACAUCGACUAUGGCUACCGCUUUGCCAAGGAGUUCGUGGACGCGCGCGAGCGGGAGCGCAUCCAUGCCAAGGGCUCCUACGAGAGCGCUCGCAUCCUCAUGAACCUGCACAACAACGAGGCGGGCCGCAGGACAGUGUACAAUCUGGCCGAUGUGGCUUGCAAGUGCCAUGGGGUGUCAGGCUCAUGUAGCCUCAAGACGUGCUGGCUGCAGCUGGCUGACUUCCGCAAGGUGGGCGAUGCACUGAAGGAAAAGUAUGACAGCGCCGCAGCCAUGCGCCUCAACAGCCGGGGCAAGCUGGUGCAGGUCAACAGUCGCUUCAACUCACCCACCACGCAGGACCUGGUCUACAUUGACCCCAGCCCUGACUACUGUGUGCGCAAUGAGAGUACGGGCUCCCUGGGCACUCAGGGCCGCCUGUGCAACAAGACGUCAGAGGGCAUGGAUGGCUGUGAGCUCAUGUGCUGUGGUCGGGGCUACGAUCAGUUCAAAACCGUGCAGACGGAGCGCUGUCACUGCAAGUUCCACUGGUGCUGCUAUGUCAAGUGUAAGAAGUGCACAGAAAUCGUGGACCAGUUUGUAUGCAAAUAGUGGGCACCUGCUCACCACCCAGCCCCAUUCCCAGACCCACUUAUUUAUAGAAAGUACAGUGAUUUUGGUUCUCUCUCUCUUCUUAAAUAUAUAUAUUUUAAUCCCUCCCCCACAGAACCACAACCAGAAGCAUAUUUUUUCUGUUACCAUCUAAGAAUUUUGUGGAUUAUUAUUAAUAUUAUAAGUAUUACUUGGCAAUAAUAGGGGUGGGAAUCAAGGAAAAUAUUUAUUUUGUAGAUCUCUGCAAAGUUGGGCAAGCCUUGUUCUAAUAGUGUAAGAUGAAGGGGAGAUGGCUAAGACCCUAACUUAGCCAUCCAGAUGAAGUAGGCAUCUACAGGUACAGAAAAUUCCUUCUUUUUGUCUCAAUUACAGAGUACUAUGGGAUGAGUAAGAACCAGUUGGAAGAGGGUGGCACAAAUCUUGGUGUGCUUCAGCUCCUAGGACCAAAAUGAAUCAUUAAUACUCUGAAAAGCCAAAAUUCAGAAAACCAAGCCCCUUUCUCUAGGGGCUGCCAGCCUGCUUUUUUGUUUUUUUAAUGUUUUCAAAAUCAUUUGAAUUGUAAGAGCAAGAGCCUCAUUAUAUUCAAAGUUAAAAAGGCAUAUUGUGUGUGUGUGUGUGUGUGUGUGUGUGUGUGUGUGUGUGUGUGUAAUUCCCAAGUAUUUCAUCAUCUGAUGGUCUUAUUCUAGUAGUUUAUGAAACAGGGAGAAGGAAAGUUCCCAGAAAUUAAAAAAGUUUGAAAAUUCUUUUGGGACCAUGAAUUGAACGUGUUAAAUAAUUCUGUAUACUAGCCGUUGUUGUUGUAGUUUGUUUGGGAAGAGGGUGAUAGCUUGAAUAUAAAGAACAAUAGCUUGUAAUUGUCUUAGGAACACUUGUUUCCUAAAUGCUAAUUGAAGGUAAUACACAGAUUCUAUUGCCAAAUCUUCUGCCCACAGAUCACAGGUGAUCACAUGCAGUUCAGUCCUGUGCUACAGCAGGCAAAAAUUGAAAUCUUUCUUCUUACUUGGCCACAAAGCAUCUCCACAAAGCAUCUUUGUUUCCUCUAUGUUGUGAUGAGCUGCUGGCCACACAUCCCAAGGGCAGCUUAGCUCCUUUGGGCUCCAUUUGUAGGACAGGAAAUGGAAUGUCUUCUAAGGAAAGUUUGCCACUUAGGGAUUUUCUAAUAUUUUUAUUUGGAGGCACAGUAACUUCAUGGUUUUGAUGAUAUCACUUGGCUGAAGCAAUACACAGAGGUGUCUCGCAUUUUGCUGUUAAAAUCCUGUGUUAGUGUAUCCACUCAUGCUUUUCCUAUUAUCCUGCAGGUACUAAAGCUGUUCCUAGUGUACUUGAACAGUUGCAUUUAUAAAGGGUGAUGGGGAAAUGUGGUUUAAUGGUGCCUGAUAUUUCAGUCUUUUGUACAUAACAUAUAUAUAUAUACAUAUAUAAAUAUAAAUAUAAUUAUAUCUCUGUGCAGCCAGUGAUUUAGAUUUAUAGUUGACUCUGGCCUUAUUUCUCUGUCUGGAGCAGUGUCAUACUUCAUUGCAAUCCAGUUGGUAUUUUUUUUCUAAAAGAAUUUUGAGUUUCAAGCUUGGUGCGUGGCCCUGGCAGGAUCAUACCCCAGCACCAGGAAGAAAGCUGUGCCAGAGGAGUCUUGAUGGUGUGACUCACUGAAAUAACGUGCCGUUCUUCACCUCCCUUUCUGUAUCCAUCUGUGGAGAGGGCAGAAUGGUUCCUCACAGAUGUCACUAUAAAGAGAUCCAGGAGUAUUGUUGCUUUCCUUCACUUAGGACAUCUGUAGAGUGGAAGUGUGUGUGUCAGAUUUGGUGCUACUUGUCAGAGUCCCUGUUCCUACACAGAUAACUGGCUUAACUUUUUUUCCCCCCAACAGAGACAUCACUUUUCCAAAAGUGCCAUCAAAUGUGUUCUUCUCUCAGACUGACAUUUCUUUAAAGGUUUGGAAAGAUGUAUGUGUUCCAUAGCUUUUCUAGGCAUGGUGGCCUUCAUGCCCCCUCAGCCAGCUGUGGCUCUUAACUCAUUGUACAGGAUACUUACUUCCCCUCAGUUGCAGUGAAUUGCAAGCAAAAGAUCUUGAAAUUAAAAAAAAAAGCACUAAUUAGUUAGAAAUGUCACUUUUUGGUUUUUAUUCUACAAAAACCAUGAAGUAACUUGUUAUUUGCGAAAUCAGAUUGUGUCCUUUUUUUUUUUUUUAAAAAAGCGAUUCAUGUUUAUGAACAGAGUGGAAUUUAACAAUCCUAGCUUUUCAAAAGAAACUAUUUAAUGUAAAAAUAUUCUACAUGUCAUGCAGAUAUUAUGUAUAUCUUAUAUGGCCUUUAUUCUGUACUUUUAAUGUACAUAUUUCUGUCUUGUGUGAUUUGUAUAUUUCACUGGUUUAAAAAAACAAACAUCAAGAGGCUUAUGCCAAUGGAAGAUAGAAUAUAAAAUAAAAUGUUACUUGUAUAUUGGUAAGUGGUUUUAGUUGUCCUUCAUGUGGAGAUUUUUUGGCAAACUCGUGGGGAAAGCGUAGAAGAGUGAAGAACUUUACCCAAACCAAACUAUUUCAAAGCUUCAAAAGAUUUCUAUAUGUAACAGAACAAAAGGGGAAUUUUCUUUUCUUAUAUAUGUUCUUCAAAAAAAAAUCAAACAGAUGGCUUAAAGCUGUAUGUAGGAUAGCUCACAUACUUUUAGCAUUAUGCAUGUAACUUAAUUGUUUUAGAGCGUGUUGCUGUUGUAACCUCGAGGACAAGAACCAGAAAGGCACAUGCUUUUAUCCAUGACCAGAUUUUCAGUCACAAUACGUAUAUGUAAUCGUUGUAUGUUUACCACUGCAAGGACAGCAGCUAUUUGAAUUUCUUGUGCACUGCGUGUGGUGUCUCUGUCCCUUGGAAGGCAGGUUUAAAAAAAAAUCCUCAGUCUACAGAGAAUGAACUCAUUGGAAACUAAAGGUUUCUUGUGUUAAUUGCCAUUAAGUUUCAGUGCUUUCUGAAAAUGUACACAGAAAUCUGGGUAGUGCCUUGCAGACUGAUAAACUAGCCCUUUGCUGCUUUUCUUUUUACUUUUGGAUAACCUUAUAACAUACUGAAACCUUUUAAGGAAGCCAAGAAUGCAUUAUUCAAAAAAAAAAAAGAAAAGAAAGAAAGCAAGCAAAAAACCAGUAGACCAACAUAUAGAGUGUUUAAAAUAGAUUUCUGGGCAAAUUGAAACCCUUGUGGUUCUAGGAGUCACAUCUGUUUCAGUUUUUCGUCUGUUGUGUAGUGACCAGUGUUCUUUAUUGCAAAAGCAUAUAGUCGACAUAGCAAAGUCAGCAUCUUUUUCCUUCUUAUCCUGGAGUUCUCUCAAUAUGGGGCCCGGGUGGGGGCGCUUUGUGGGAUGAAUGAAAACUGUAUCUAUUAGGAGGGACAGUCGUGUUCAGAAUGUUUGAGGUGGGUUAAGGAAGAGGAAGCUUUUAUGGCAGUUAGCGUUUCUCAGAUCAGCUUCUUGGUUCAUUUCUUUUCAAAUUCAAGAGUAAGGCUGGCAGUGCCUCACUGUGAGCAGCCAGCCUAUUAUAACCCUCACCUGCCAAUGAUGAUGUUGCCGAUGACGAUUUUCAAUUUGUUCUUACACACCAUGAUCCAAGCCACUGGAAAAUGACCAGAUCUAUCACUGAGAGCAGAAUGAUAAAUCCUCUAAUAAAUGGGUGGUAGGUGGCUCCAUCCAAGUUAAACAACCCUCAAAAUCCAAGUGACCCAUAUCCCCACUGAGUGACAUAAGAGAGUCAGAAACAAGAAAAGGACUUAAAACUCAGAGCAUAUAUUUAAUGCAAAUUAGUACCAAGUUAUAGGCAGGUCUAAAAUACUGUAUUAUCACUGUAAAGGAUACCUUAAAAUAUUUAUUUUUAAGAAAAUAUUUUCUAGUUUCCCUUCUCUCCAUGGAGUGGUAAAAAUGAGAUUCUGUGUUUUGAAAAUGAUAUAAUAAAAUUUAAUACAGGAAAGUUUUAGAGACCUAGGAAUUACAACUUAGAAAAGAGAUCUUCUAAUUUGCUUGUUAACAUGAAUUUUACAUUUAAAAUUGAUGAGUGGGUAUGUUUUAUUUUAGGGAGAGAUCUUGUUAGCCAAUUCAAAAAAUGGAUGUAAUUAAAUGUUGAUAUAAUUUUUUUAAAUGUUACUAGUUUGGAUCUAGAAGACUGAAUUAAAACACGGUCUCUAUUUUGAAAGCAAAGAAAGAAUAGAAGAAAACAGCAUCUUAGAGAAUUUUUAUAUGCAGUGUACAAUUUACUGGGCUAGAAAUGAGAUAAAGAUUAUUUAUUUUGUUCAUAUCUUGUACUUUUCUAUUAAAAUCACUUUAUGAAA